AUGUGUAAAAACAUGUUUGUUUUCCUUUUGCUCAUAACCUCAAAAAUGAUCGGGUCAUCACAAUGAUUUCAAAAGAGUCAAAAAAUAUAUGGAAAUAUACUCAUUUUUACCCAAUCUUUGCUGAGUUGCACCCUCUAGGAGUGUUUGUUUUCCUUUUAUCGCCACUCACACAUUCGGACGUGAGAAUCUCAAUAGAUGUCGUAUCGAAGCUUCGACUUCCCGGAUUCAAUGUGUCGCUUCUCGCCGAAAACUCUCACGAACACGAACGCGUUGGUAAAAAUGCAUCGUUUGUCAAGCGCUCCUCGUUGCAAGAGGUCGGCCAUCGGCGUUUCACAUUUGUAGUCCCCUCUGGUGUAUUACAAGAAUCUUAUACCCAUCUGUUAACCUUGGAAAUACUAUCUCAGGAAAUACUCCGACGUCGUUGUAAUAGGCCAUUCGUGAAUUCAACAGAAUGUUCGGAGAUCAGUUUGGACCAGCCGCCAUUAUGGAGCCCGAAACGCCAGCGGUAACUAUCAAACCCCCGUAGGUUUGACGGUUCCGCUGGCUUUCGGAAAUAUGAUGACUACUUCUCGUGUAGAACUUUUAAGAUACAAAUUUUUGUAUUGUGGCGUGCUAAUGUAAUGACUGUAUCUGUGCUAAUGUAAUGACUGUAUUUUGUAAUUAUGCGUUUAAAUAAAAAUAGUUGACUAGUAAAAUUGAA